AUUGUUGCAUUUUCUGGAGAUAAUUGCAAUACUAACUUUGGAGGUGUUUUAAGAAAAGGAUCAAAUAAUGUUUUUUCAAUUUUAAAUAACAAUUUAAAAACGAAUAUUUUUGGAGUAGGUUGCGCUGCUCAUAUUUUGCACAACGCUAUGCAAUCAAGUGCUGAUGUGUUACCUAUUGAUGUAGAAAUCAUAGUUAACAAAAUUUUUCAAUUUUUUCAUAUCUAUACAGUUCGAGUUGAACAUUUGAAAGAGUUUUGUGAAUAUGCAAAUGUUGAAUAUAAAAAUAUUCUUGGAAGUGUAAAAACUCGUUGGUUAUCCUUAUUACCUGCAAUAACAAGAAUUAUUGAUAUUUACCCGGGCUUAAAAUCAUACUUCGAGAAACAGGAAAAGUGUCCUACAAUAUUAAAAUCGUUUUUUAACGAUCCUAUGUCUAUAGUGUGGUUUCAUUUUUUACAAAGCCAAUUAAAGGUUGUCUGUGAUACUGUAACUAAAAUAGAAGGAGAUAAAAUAUCAGCCUGUGAAGUUGCAGAGGAAUUAGAAAUUUUAGUUGGAAAAAUAAAAAAUAGAAAACAUCUAAACUUCCUUACAACAAAUAUUUUAUCGCUUUUAAAUGAUUUAAAAAACAAUAAUAUGUAUAAUGAAAGCUCAUUCAAAAAAAGUACUGAUCUAUUUUAUAAUACUUUUUUAUCUUACGUAGAAAAAUGGGGUUGCCACUUUGACCAGUUGAAAAUAUUUCAUUGGGUCCAACUAAUAAACUGUCCUACUUGGGAAAAUGUUCAAAAAUGUAUUAAAUUUCUUAUGGAAAACAACCGAAAUAAUUCUAACAUAAAAUUAGAUGAAGAUAAUUUAUUUGAUGAAUUCAGUCAUGUAGAACAAAUUUUUAAAUCACGAAUUCAUGAAUGGCAAAAAAAUUCCGCUAAAGUAGAAGUUAAGUGGUGUGAAAUAUUUGAAUACACUAAAGCUCAUAACAUUGAUACAACUAACAUAUCAAAAAUCGUAGAAUAUUCUUUGGCAAUUCCUGGUACAAAUGCUGCAGUAGAACGGAUUUUUUCAACCAUUAAUGUGUUGUGGACAGAUGAAAAAAAUCGAUUUUUGGUUGAAACUAUCAAAUCAAUUAUAAUCGUAAAAACACACUUUAAAAACUUAUCUUGUAAUGAGUUUUAUAAUAUUCUAUUAAAAGAAACUAGGUUACUUGAUGAAAUCGGUUCAGCACAAAAGUAUACAAAAACAUCAAAAGAAGAAAUUUACAUGCCAUCGUCAUCAAAAUAAUUUUUUUUUGGACUUUUGUGUACAUAUUAUACUUAUUAAUAUUUUAUUUGUAUUUAAAAACUAUUAUACAACAUACAUUUAAUUUGUUUUUUUUAUAUUAAUAUAUUUAGUUAAAAUUAGAAUUUCCUUUUUUUUUUUUUUUUAGUUAAGUAA